CAUGGCGGCGCCCCGGCUCGGCCCGUGACAGGAGGAGGCCGCGGCCGCCGACUCCCGCCGCCCUCCCCCUCCCCAGCGGCGGCCCGGGCCCCGGCUUUCGCUCCCGGCGGCACGGGGGGAGGGCCGCGAGGAAGCUGUCAUGCAGGACCCUACCCCGGAGCGCGACAGGAGCGCCCGCCCCGCGGAGGAGAGGCAGGGGGUCGCGGCGGGGCCGGCGGCCGCCGCGAGCGGGGCCUCCUGGCUCCAGAGGGUCUUUGAGGAGGUGCGGGGCUCCUCCCAGCUGAGCGUGGCUCCCGCGGAGCCGCCCCCCGUCACCGUGGUGGCGGUGGAGCGCUAUCUGGCCGCGGCGCCGCCGCCGCCCGCCGCCGCCCCCCAGUACUGGUACGACGUGACCAUCGCGGACGGCGCGUGCCAGCAGCGCUGCUACCUGGCGCCGCACCUCAACGGCCUGGUGCAGCGCGCGCACCUGCGCGCCGGCGCGCGCCUGCGCCUCACGCGCUGCGCCUACCUCUACGACGAGAAGCGCCUCAACUACGGGUUCCUCUGCCUGGAGGGGCUGGAGCGGGCCGGGGGCGCCGCGCCCGCCGCCGCCCCCGGGGCCCGCCGCCGCCCGCCGCCGCUGCGGGGCGAGAAGAAGCACUACCUCCCCCUCUGGAACAACGAGGACCCCUACGGAGACAUAUGGGUGGCGGAGAAGCCCCCGGCGCCGGUGGACGUCGACGUCUCCAAGCUGACUUCUCUUGGUCAGCUGGAAAUGACCUGGAGAAGCAGAGUUCACUUCCAGCCACUGCUCGUGAGAGUCCUGCACAAAUCUAGACUAAGGUACUACGGGAAACCAGACAAAAAACUGGAUAUGCCCUAUCAGGCGUACUUUGAAGUUGCUGAUGGUUCAGGCAUGAUGUCAAUGGUGUUAUGGAAUUCAUUAUGUCCUGAAUGGUAUAACAGUAUGAAGGUUGGCACAGUACUUCUUCUUGAGCAGUAUGCUAUCAAAACCAGUUAUCCAUUUAAAACACAGCCAACCCCAGGGGAUUCACAGAUGAAGAGAUUUGCUACGAUUGAAAUCAGCUUGAAUGUUCGAGACCCACCUACUAAAAUAAGUAUUAUUCCAGAAGAAAUGGUGAAGCCGGAAUGGGGAUUACCUGAAGUUAAAUACCGAUUUAUCACAAGGUCAGAACUGGAUGACUUGCCAAACAAUCAUUCCUGUGAUGUUAUUGGUCUUGUGACAUUUGUAGGAAGGGCUGAAAGAGCAAGAAAGAGAGAGCAUGGCGAAGACUUCUGGCUCUAUCGCUGGGCACAUGCCAUUGAUGGGACCUCAGACCAACCAUUCAUUCUGGAAUUAUUUGCAACGUCUCAGCCAGAUGUGUUUGAGCAUAUUCACCCAAUGACAUACUUGGUGUGUACACAGAUGAGAGUGGUACGGGACAUCACGGAGAAUCCUUCUAGGACAAUUUACCUUACAACUUCAAAUGAAAGUCAAAUGUUCAUUACAGGGUGGCACAAGGGCCAGCCAUACACCAAGGAUGCCAAAGUGAAAAACUUCAUUCAGUGGACUAAAACACAGAGUGAAGCUGACCAAAUGAAGAAAACUGUCAUUGGUGGCUAUUACCCUUUUCCACGACCUCCAAAUAACUUUUUGAGAUACUGUAAAAACAAUAAAGUUGAAUCGAUUUUGAAAGCCAUAGGUGAAAUGGGGAGAGAGAUUGAAGACUUGCACUACAGGGAGCACAAGCGCAUUGCUAUUCAGGGAAUAAUUAGUGCCAUAAGAUACAUCCGUUGUAGUAAUGCAGCUGAAGAUGCCUCAAGAGUGGAACCUGCUCAGAAAGAUACUUCUCAGUCUGUUGAAAGUUCUGCCAUGUCAAAAGAAGAUUGUGUUCGUAAGAGAAAAACCAGAAACCUUCAAAAUAAAGAAGUUAAGUCUCUUCUUGGUGGACAUUGCUCUCCUGGGGAACAACAUCAGCAUCAAGCUCCACUAACAAAGAGUUCAGUCAAGAGAAAGAUAACACACGGAUUACGUACAGAUACAGAACAGGGAAGUGCAUCUGUUAUUCCUGUAUCAUCUUAUACUUAUAUCACACGAUCUGUAAGAAAGAAGUUCAGCUUGAAUGAAUUUCAACAUGAAGAUUUUGUGCAAGAUAAAAACGGACAGGCUGUAUCAGAGAGUUUGCAGUACUGCGCAGACCAAGAAGGAAUGAGUGAUAUACCUGAAACUGAAGAGACUGGAAGAACUUGUGAUUCGUGGCAGAGUGACCUAUGGGCACAAGUGAAAGACAAGUUAAUGAAAUAUUUGCAUCACAGCACAGUUUUCCCAGAAAGCAUCCCACGUAAAUUUGACUAUGUACACAAAGACUUACUUAUGCAACAGUACAACCUUCAUGCAGCAGUCCACCAGCCAAAAGAAUAUAGAUCAGAUAAAAAUAUCAGUGAAUUUAAAAGUGCUAGUGGCCUUGGGUAUUAUGAAGUGACAGUACUUGGUAUAAACCAUGAUGUAGCAAUAGAUGUUGCAUUCCUCCCACUGUUUUGUCCUGAAGAUACCCACUUAUUUCGAAUAGAGGACAUUCAAAACGAUAAAUUAUUAUCCUGUAUGAGUUGCAUCUCUGCAUGUCAGCAGAAGGCCAGUAGCAAUGGAGGGAUUCAUGACAUGUUUCCACUUUCAAGUGAAAUUGUAAAAGCAGCGAUGGAUCUAGAUGGCAAACAUGUUGUCUGUAUCUUGGACGUCUGUCACUUGGGUGAUGAUAAGGUGGAAGUCUUUCUGAGCAAAAUCUACAAGACAGUGGAACCUGAUGUGCUGGAUCCAGUGUAACUUAACUUAUUUUUCACACUUACAUAUUGUUCAAAAGGAGGGAAAUAAAAUUGCUGUAAUUUGGAAUACACCCUCUACACAUUGCACUUUUCUAGAACUAGCAGAAAAAGAAAAAAAAAAAAGUUAUGAUGUCUUAGAGCAAUUAUAAUGGUUGUCUGUGUAACUGAGAGAGACAAUUGUUGCCCUUAUUUUUUUCAGCCUCAGAACAGGCUAUUAUAACGCUCUUUACACAAUGUCUUGGUCACCUAUGUUCAAGAAGGAUGACUAGGGAAUACAGUGAGCUUAUCUCUUAGUAAAGCAAGGAGUAUGACUGUCAUCUCUCUCUGCCCACACAUGCGUAUCAUGGGAAAUGUAUAUAUCAAGGUGAGCACUGCAAAGAGAGACAAGCUUUCCCAACGUUAAAGGCAAUGUUGGCAGAAGAAUUAACUGGCCAUGAAAUAAAUUUAGGCUAGAAAUUAGAAUCAUUUUGAGGAUUAGAGUUAUGUUCUGCUGUGAUCUUUCAGUGGGAGCACUAGAGACAGACUAGCUGCUUUUUAAGCUUGAUGCUUACUGUGUUUGUGAAAAAGGUUAUAUAUCAUGGUGCCUUUAGAACCAGGGACUGGGCGUAGUGAUCCAAGAAGUCACUUUCAGUUCUUUUUAUCUAAGCAAGGUCAACUGCUAUAUUUUUAUAUGUCUACUUUUGUACAUAUAGUGUUGGGUUGCAAGUAUAGCACCCAAAGGUUUUUAAUGUAUUUUAUUUAUUAAACAAAAGAAACAAUGAAAUAUUAAAAAAAACUUUCUCUUUGUUAGUAGAGCUUGCUGGUGACUUUGCAAGAGAAAUACUGACUUUAAGGAGUGCUUAGCAUGGCAGAAUGCAGAGUUUGUUACACCAUUAUUUUAUUUUUUCUGUUGAUCACCAUGGUACUAUCAUUUUCUUUUUAGUAGUAGCUGUAUUCUGAGUAUAUGAAGGAACUCUGCAGGAGCAAGAAGCUGCUGCUUCAACAAGGGCAAGGGACUGCAUAAAAUACUGUCAACUGACUAUACCAAGUAGCAGCUUCUGGCUCCUGCUGAGUUCAGAAACAGGUCCACUUUUUCCUCGCCUGUGAAACAUUGGCCUUAAAUCAGUUAUACAGCUAGAUCCUUAGGAAGUUGUUUCUAGCAGGAGCUAAAACACAUUGCUAUUUGAUAGCUUACCCAUAUGAAAUGUUGGUCUUGGAUCAGUUCUUCGAGAAGAAACAACUGCAUCUCAGAAGCUUGCCAAUUAAAUUGUACCAUUAUUGACCAAAGCCCAUGGAGUUAAUUUAAGGGAACAGAUUUAUUAUUCUUUUAUGGAAAACUUCCUUGGGCCAUUUUAGCAGCCUGUUAGUAAUUGUCAAGUAACUCAUUCAACUGGGAGGCUCACUGAUGUCUGCUCUGGGGACAGUGGACUUUUUCUUUAGUGCUGCAGCUCUGUACCUAACUUCAGUUAAAGGUAAUUGAAGGAGAGGCUUAACUGUGUUUAUUAUAGUGCAGUUUCAUAGGCAACUUCAGAUAAGAAGUCUUAAUAUUCUAAAGAAAUAGAUAAAAUUAUUCCAUGUUUCUAGUAUAGUUUACAGUUUUAAAAUGUAUUAAUGGAAAAACAUUAAUUUAAGUGUGUACAGAGAGUAAACAUUAAUUAAAUGUGACUAUGUAUUGUAGGCUUAUAUUUUGUAUGGAUGAUAUAGUUUUAGUUCUAGAGCAAUGCUUCUUGACCCAUGGCUUUCAGAAUACGUUGUAACUUUUGAAACCUGAUGAUGGUAUUCAUGGCCACAGAAGGCAAAAAUUAAAACGCACCAACAAGAGAAGAGCAUGGUGUUGCUUGCAGUGUUAUUUGUGUAAUUUGGUUGCUUAUGGGUAUAUGAAGAUUAGGGGUUGUUGCUCUAGAGAGAGAAAGAGAUAUUAGCACCUGCACUUCGUGUUCCAAACUGAGCCAUGCUGACUGUGUCAGCCAGUAUUUUUUAUUUAGAUGUACUUCAAGUCGAAGUCUAAUUUUAAUGAAACCAUUAUUUCCAGAGACAAUUUGUAAUUAUCUUUGUAUAGUAGAAUUGAUGUGGUAGACCCUGUUACAGAGCCACUGUAUUCAGUUGUUGUAGCCACUCAAUUCAUCCCAUGCAAUAGAAAUCUAGCAAAAGUUCGGUUUGCUGAGUUGCACUGAUUACUACUCUUUAAACAUAUAGCAUUAAUCACUUGAUCCUCCAUGUUAGAACAUUCUAACUCUAAAAGAAAAAUUGGAAUGGUGUGAAGUAUGCAUAAUAUGGAUUAAAGACUUUUCAAGUGUAUAAUUUUAUUUUACAGAAGUGUUGUUUGAAAUUUUUCGUGGCAAAAAGUGGAAGGGACGAUACAGUAUUACAGAAUGAAAUGCCUAUGUUAGAAGCCUAGGCUCCUUGUGUAGCUAGAGGAUGUGUAAUACCUGUAUUAGACUUGGAAUUUGGAUACUCUGGGUCAUUCUUUAGAGGCACUUACCCCAUCCACAUAAAUUAUUUGGAAUUUAAUAUUCCGACUUCAGUUUCUGAAGUGUUGUAGUGUUAAUGUAUGGUUCUACCAGUCUGUCUCCUUCCUCACUGCCAAAAUAGUGCUGUAGGACUUGGGGAUAAGUUCCUCUCUGCAAAGAAACUACUUGCUGUUUUAUUUCACUCAGUGUUGUUUGAUGCAAGUAUAAAACCAAAGUAUUUUUAAUCAUGAGACUGUCAAAAUGUGUUAAUUUUCCAUGUGAAACCAACAUAUAAAGUCUUUCCUUGUGCAAAAAUAUACCAUAGGAAUCAUCUUUCUUACUGCUGUGUAUUGCCACCGCUGAGGGUAUAAUAUUACCAGAGAAUAUUGCAGGCAUAUCCCCUAACUGUAAAAUUCAUAUCCAACCAAAGAACUGUACUCUAAAAUCUUAUGUUUCCUUGUUUUCUGUGUUUCUAGCAUUAAUUUCAAGGAAAACCAGAGGAAAGUAAACUGAGUGUAACUGAUGGUACUUUUGAGUGUGUAAAACUUUUUAAUUCAUAGAUCUUAGAGGCAAGAUCAGUUUCAAUUUAAUGUGAUGUAGAAUUAGUGUAUUAUUGAAAACUGGAGGAUAUAAAUAAAUGAAUUUAUAUCUUAAAA